UUGGAGCCCGCUCAUCAAGCUUCCCAUUUCUCCAGGUUUAGGAAAUUGCAAUUUUUAGGCAUACGUCAUCAAAUCUGUGAUAAUUCUCAGUCGAAUAACUCCCUUACACAUGCGACAAAUUCAAAGAAAUUUCUCGUCGAGGUCGAAUGGACAACAGACCGAGACGUUGGAUCAGUUCAAUUUAUGUUAACGGUGGCAGUUGAAAACGGUUUGUACUGGGAGCGUUGGCGACCACGAAACGGAUUCCUGCGUCCAAAAUCAGCACCACGUGUUCAACUAGUCGAGUGGUUGUUUGAAAUUGAAGUAGAGCCAGGACCAGUAUUCAUUGCCCAGACUAUGGCGGAAUCACCACCAGACAACGCGAAUACCACUGGCGUGAGUCCUCGUCUCUUCAGAAAGUUUUCUCCGUCGAGAAGAGAUCAUUUGAGAGAAGACGACCUACGAUUUCUUAACUCACACGUACAGCGACGACAACAGGAUUUUGUCGAAGCGAAAGUGGAUCCAGAGGAGACCGCAUUUUGGUUUCGGAAAAAGGCACAUCGUAAGAUUGGUGCUAUUUUUGAUAUUCCCAACUUGUUUUCUAACUUUUUUUUAGUUAGUUGUAAACAGGACCAAUUUUCAGUAAAUGGUGAAUGCAUAAUGAAAGAUGAUGGUCGAAUCGAAUGCAGAUGUAAUACUGGAUUCACUGGAUCACGAUGUGAAAGAGAGAUCGACGAGUGUCAAAUGAAGAAUUGCAAGAAUUGGGUGAGAUGUAUCGAUAAGGUCAAUGAUUAUGAAUGUGUGUGUGGAGAUGGUUGGGUUGGGAAAAAUUGUGAUCGGCCCUGUCAAGACAUAUAUGGAUCGUGUAGAAUUUGGAAACGAGAAGGGCAAUGUGAGGCCAUAAACGCCACAAUUUUCAAUCGAUUUUCAGUUUUUCGACCUUUAAAGCUGCUUUCACGUGCUUUCCCGCACUCUGUACUAUUUGCAGGCUACAUUUGGUUAAAUUUAGGUUUCUAUGGAGGUGCAAUCGAUUUUCCGUCGGUUUUUAAUGCGACCGCAUACAAUGAGACUUUAAUAUUCUCUGUGAUAAAGCCGCUUGUGUUUGGGACGCCGAGCAUCGGCUAUACUGUGGCUGUAAAUAACGAUGAUCCUAGCGAUAUCCACAUAUGUAAUGGAUUUUUGACAAUUCGACAAUAUUCACCAAAAGAUGAGACAACCAUGAAGGUAGCCCUUAUGAGCGCGUCACGAUCGUUUAAGCGAAAAGGAACGCGCUUAGUUCAAACGAUCACUAAAGAACAAAACGGACGACAGAUAAAAUUUAAAAAGAUCUACAAUCAGAUACAACAGUUUGAAUCCUUGUAA